UGUUACUGCGAGUAAAACUUCAAUAAAAAAAUGCUUCGCUACGUUUUGGUUGCAUUUUGUUUGCUGAAGCUUACAGAUGGCAGACCCAGUGCUAUGCUAGGAGGGAUACAAAGCGUACCAUCGGUGGGCAUGCAUGGUCAAGGGAUGCUAGGCACAGGGACAGUCGUUGAAAAGACUUCAGUGGCAGAACGCACUCCGCUGGGAGGGGUGCAAGUGUCCAGAACCUCCGUCAGACCGUCCGGGAUCAUGGGGAUUGAGAGCCUCGAGUCGCCGGGGUUAGUUGGGGAAGUAGAGUAUAUACAGACUGAGCACUUGGGAUAAGUUGAUGGAUAUUAUUGUUAUGUAGUCGGACAAGGAAUUUGGAAACAACAUCCUUGCAUACGUGGAAUAUUGAAAGAAAUUCGCAAAAGAGAAAAAUCCAGCACGACUUUAAUCUCAAUUUCUUGCUUUUAAAGGUGUGCUUUUUAAAUAGGCCUCCCCUAUUUAUUUUUCAAAUGGAUCAAGCUAUAAAACUGCAAUUCGGGAACAAGAAAUUGAUACACCAAUAAUAUAUUUUAUCGUAAAAGUGGCAGUUAAAAAUUUUAAAACGGAGAUGGGCGUCAUCUUGGAACAUGUUUCAAAUCGACUUGGGAUCAUGCAUUUUCUUGUUCUAAAGCUCCGUCUGCGUUCAUUUUAACCUUAUAAAAAUCGCUGUCUUCAAAAAUGGUGAACUGACAGGCUGUCAAACGAAAGUUUUUGUACAUUGAAUCGCCUGUAACUCAACAAGCAGUCAUCAAAACGUUAUGGCAUGUCAACCCUCUUAUCUUGACAAUUUCUAUCCAAAUAUGUAACUAACUAUGGAACAACUGAUCCUACUUUUUAAUUUUAACGUCUCAUACUUUGAUGAAUAUCUCGUUGUUGAGUUACCAGCAAUUCAAUGUACAAAACGCUUGACUUUGACAGCCCGCCAGUCCGCUAUUUUGAAAAAUAGUUAAUGCAAACUUAAAGAGCUUCAAAAUGAGGCUUUUCAUUCCAUUUCAAAAUGUUCAAAAAAGGCAUCCAGGCGCCAUUCUAAAAUUUUCAACUGUCACCUUUAGGUUAAGGUACCUAUUAUUUAAGCUUUAACUUCAUUUUCUUCACUUGGCCCUUUCAAAAAAUAAGCCAGGAGGGAGACCCUUUCAGAAGCACUGUACAGCGGUACUUAGCACAGAGGGGUUAUUGCUGCUAACCUAAAACCGCGAAAACGACAUCUAAAGAUUGUCUCAGAAUGACUAGAAAUCAUUAUUAUAUUAUUUACAAACUUCACAAUUACUUUAGUCAUAUAGAGAAUAUUGGAUUUAAUGAAAGCAGACACGAUAAUAAUUUGUAAUUCAAAUAUGUAUAUAUUAUAUAUGUAUACUAAAGCAAAAGAGUGACAGGUGUUACGUGGCUAAACACAUGUUACUAAGCGAUUAAGUCGUAUCUACUGUAGCUUCUUCUAUUUAUAUACUAAAGCGAGAUGGUGGCUACUGUUAUAUUAUUAAGGCAAAAAAAUAUGCUAAUACCAAAAUUGCAGAUGCUCUCAUUGCGCUUAGCACGAAAGCCGCAGGUACAUGUGCCGGGCACAUGCCGCUCAACAUGUGCCUAGAGCUAGUUUAAAUGGAAACAAACCUGGCACGACACAUUUGCCGCAACAUGUUGCAAACUGUCAGAAAAUACUGCAAUUUGUUGCAUUCGAAGCAUGUCUUAGUACGGUUUUCCUUGACAUAUUUGUAAAGCAAGUAAAAAACUUAAGACUUCCCAUUCACAUAUACAUUCAGUUAGAUAGUUAACAUCCACUAAGAUGACCACAACCUUCUCGGAUUUGAGAUGAUCGUUAUACCAAUGAACGCAUUCAGGGACCUACAGCGCUUGGAACGUUGAAAGUCAGUGACUAUAUUUGAUGUAAAUAGCCGCUGACGUGAAACACUAAGUAGCUUCAGUCUUUUGAACGUACAUGGAAAGAACGGCGGUUUGUCUUUACAACGUGUUCCAUAAAUAAGAUGCCAAAACCAUAGUGGUUGUUUCCUAAAAUAUUCUCAAUAUUUUGUUUUCUUUGUCGUUCUCAAAGUUCCACACCAGUAGACGACGGACAUAAAUGUUCGGUUUGACCAAUUUUUUUGUCUAUACAUCUGAAUAGUCAAUCACACUUUUGUAAGAAUUGCAUGGACAGAUUAGCUAACAUUUGAUUCCUUAGUCCGACUACAUAGUUGACACGCUGAUGAAAAUAGUGAAUACACCUGCCAUGGUAUUGAUAUAGUACUACUAAUUGGAAAAUAGAAUAUACAUACAAAAGCAGUUCACACAUUUUCGUUUCUAGGCCGCUGGAACAGUUUUCUAAUUUCCUUAAAAAAAUACGCCGAAAGAUUAAUAGAGGAAAAGCUGUACUGAAGAAUAUUCUAGACAGAAUAUAGUUUUGAUUGGCUAACUGAUUCGGCAUGUUUAACAUAACUAGACGUAUGUGAAAAAUUGGCAAGCAUUUCAUUGAUUGUACUUUAUAUGAUGUAAAUAUAUUAGGCAUUAUGAACAUAUCUGUUUCUUACUAUACCCCCGGCCCAGCACAAUUUAGCUGAACUAAUUAUUAUAUACUAUAUUUGCAACACCAAAGUAUACAAUGCUUAGCCACAGAGGGUGCCAGUCUUGAUCUUUUCGUCAAACUCUCUGCUGGUUUCUUUAGAAUUUAUUGAAAUUAGGAAAACUAAAGUAAUUGAGAAGAAG